AUGAUAUUUGGCUUUAAACGUUUUGCUCUGUAUAUUCAAAGUACUUGUAAGCCAGUUGGCUUAGUGUGUGUGGGAGCUACCUUUGUUAGCUCUGACUUUUAUAAAAACAGUGAGCAGACUGCUAAUAUCUUUAACUUCUUGCCAGUUACCUGCUCUGUGGAUAGGCUUCUCAUAUUGUGGAAGCUGACGACGCAGUGCAGAGCCUACAGCUUUGAAGGCCAUGCGGAAGCGGUGACAAGUGUAGACUACUCACCUGAUGGGCAGGUGCUGGCUUCAGCUUCUCAUGAUCACACUGUCAGGCUGUGGAUUCCUUGCAUUCAUGGAGAAUCAUCUGUACUGAAAGGUCAUACAGCAUCUGUUCGGAGCGUGAGCUUCUCCCAUGAUGGCUGCUCUGUAGUUUCAGCAUCCAAUGAUAAAUUAAUAAAAGUAUGGAGCGUUUGCUAUCAGCGCCUUUUGUUUACCCUAUUCCAACACACUGGUUGGGUUCGCUGUGCCAAAUUUUCAUCUGAUGGAAGAUUAAUAGCAUCUUGUGGUGAGGACAAAUCUGUUCUCAUCUGGGAUACAAGAGAUAAAAUUUGUGUUAAUAGCUUCUCAGAUUAUGAAGGGUUUGCAACUUUUGUGGAUUUCAACCCAAGUGGAACAUGUAUAGCUUCUGCAGGUUCCAAUAACACAGUGAAACUAUGGGAUAUUCGAACAAACAAGCUACUGCAACAUUUCAAAGUUCACAGAGCAGGGGUUAAUUGUCUAUCAUUCCAUCCUUCUGGUAACUACCUCAUCACUGCUUCCACUGACGGUACCCUUAAGAUUCUGGACCUCUUAGGAGAAAGACUUAUUUACACUCUUCAUGGACACAAGGGACCUGUACUUUGUGUGGCUUUUUCAAAAUGUGGUGAAAAAUUUGCCUCAGGUGGAAUGGAUACUCAGGUAUUUCUAUGGAAAACCAACUUUGAUACUUUGGAUUAUGAAGAAGUUCUCAAACACAAUUUUAGAAGAACACAUAUUGAUGAUCCUCCUCAUCUUCUUGAUAUUUACCCAAGGUCAUCUCAUUUACAUGAUGAAAAUCUUAAUUCAAUUGAGGUCGACCCUACCUUUGAUGUGCCUGACAAACACACACCUGACCCAGUUGUCAUCAAUAUUAGACCGGUUUCAUGUACCUGUAGUACUCCUGGUGCUGGCAGAACUGAAGAACUGAGGAGUCCCUCUGCUUCUUCCUCAGCAAGAAGUUCAAAAAGGAAGGCAGAGAAUGAGAGUGACUCAGCUGUGGAUAAUGUGGAACAGCAUGCAGGCAUCUCCUCCUCCUUGAGCAGGGUUUUGGACCGCAUUGUGGGGCAGUUGCAUAUGUUAACUCUAACUAUUUCAGUCCUGGAACAACGUCUUACUUGUACUGAAGAUAAAUUGAAAGAAUGCAUAGAAGAUCAGCAAAAAAUGUUAAGGGAAAACACAACUAAUAAAACAUGAAAAUGAACCAUAUUGAUGAAUAUGUUUCAUAAAAUAACAAGGAAUGCUUCUUCACUGGAUUUUGCUAUAAGCAGAAGCAUCAAACCAAAGUAAUAAAAAUGUAAGAAAUUUAAAAAAAAAAAGUUUCAAACAUUGGUAGCAAGCAGAUAUUCUGGUUAUUUAUUCAAUGAAGUGUAGCCCAAUCAAAAUUAGUAUUUUCUAAACCAUUUCCAUUGAACAUUACAGGACUCUUACUUCAACCUAACAAGAUCUUUGAAUAUAACUAAGCUACUGUUUUUAGAUGAAUAGCAGUUAUUGUGCAGAUUACCACUGUGCAGAUUUUUAAACUCAAGCAAGGAUUGUGAAAAUAAUGUUAUUUGACUAAGACAACAUUACUUAAACACCUAAAUAAAAUGAGACAUA